GUUACCGGGGCGACGUAAAUAAGCGGGCCCAGCGCGAAGACAAAUACGCCACCGCCAGCUCGCCAUCCUGUAGGACUAUGAGUGGCUUUUAUCCACAGCCCCCGAAAAAGACGGGGGUCCCUCGGGAAGUGCUCAAGUGGCUGCAAAGUCUCGAUUUGUCGUUCUUUCCUAAAAAUGUCCGCAGGGAUUUCUCCAAUGGAUACCUGGUAGCCGAGGUCUGUUCCUGGUACUUCCCGGAGGAGGUGCCCAUGCAUGCCUACGACAACAGAGCGUCACUGCCAACCAAACUGGGCAACUGGGCGCUGAUUGAGAAGGUCUUAUCCAAGAGGGGCAUUCAUCUCCCAAAGGAAGUCAUCGAGGGCACCAUCCACUGCAAACCAGGAGCUGCUGAACUGCUGGUGCAGGAGCUGUAUUGCCGGCUGACCAACAGAGAGAUUAAGGCGCUGCAGUACGAGGGCACGGACUUCACAGACCGACAGUACCAGGAGAAGCUGCCCAUGGUCGCCCGGUCAACGGCAUCCAAAGCCAUCAAGAACAACAUCACGCUGAGUGAGACGCUGCACGAGACCAACAUCGAGACGAACAAAAGCAAAGCGCAGGCCAUCAUUCACAUGCACCUGCAGCAGCGGCAGCUCGAGAGAGUCCAGGACCCGAAAAGGUUCAGCGUGAAGCCCACACUGGGUGAGCUGGCCAUUCGACUGCCACCCACUGUGCAGCAGGAGGUGACCACAGAGACCCGAGGUCAAGAGCCACCAAAAUCCCCCCAGCCAGAAAUCCGAAGCAGAAGUCACAUCCAGUUCAGGGAGAUCGACGUGAGGCAGACCAGUAAAAGGAGUCUGGUGUCGGCGUCCCCCAUCAGCGGAGACUAACGGCCCACCCAGGGGUCAAGGGAGUGGAAAGAAAUCACUAAAAGAUAAUAAAGUCUGUGCAGUUGGACAAGUG